CGUCUUCUUUUCUUGUUUUGACCUUCUUGCCCUUCCGAACUUGUCCAAUAGAUUCUACCUUCGGCUUCGGAAGGGCAAUAUCGUCAAAAUCAGAAAAAAGACGUGGGCCUGGUCAGUAAAUCCGCCGCUGUAUCCCCACCAUAAAACAGCGAAAACCCUACUUCAAACUCUGUAUACGUGUGUGCAUGCACCUCUUUUCCAAGCGUUGCAGUAUUUUUUUUUUUCCUCCAGAAAGUAGAGUUCUUUCGUUUCUCCAAUCAAUGGACUUGGAAUCAAAUUACGAAAUUGCUCGCACUGCUAGCUUCAUCCGAAGCCGCAAUUUCACUAGGGUCGCUUUGCAGUUCCCAGAUGAGUUAUUGAAAGAUUCAACAAGAGUUGCGAGAGCUCUUCGAGAUAAGCUUCGGUCUAGUGAAGACAAUGCGAGUGAUAAGGAUAUUGGGUUAUAUGUAAUGGCAGAUACAGCUUACGGCAGUUGUUGUGUUGAUGAGGUUGGAGCAUCUCAUAUGACUGCCGAUUGUGUCAUUCAUUAUGGACAUACAUGUCUCAGCCCGACAUCGACUCUGCCUGCAUUAUUUGUUUUUGGGAAAGCUCCAAUUAGUGUAUCUGAUUGCGCAGAGAAUUUAUAUAAUCAAGCGUCGACUUGUACCAAGCCUGUGAUGGUCCUUUUUGGACUGGAAUAUGCACAUGCAAUACAUGAUAUCAAAGUAGCUUUGGACAUUGAAUCAUCAAGAUCACAAGGGUCAACAUCCAGAUUAGAACUAUAUUUCGCUGAUGUAAUCUGUUCCGUUAUGAAUCCAUCAGAAAAUUCCAAACCUUCCAAUGGGAAUGUGGGAUUGGAUGAUGGCCUUACUGCCAAUCAAGGUUCUGGCAAUGCCAUUGGUACACGGUAUAGCAUUGGAGGCUUGUCAUGGAUUUUAGCAGAGGGACAUACUAUACAAGAGUACUUACUUUAUUGGGUUGGUGCUGACAAUGCAGCCUUUGCAAAUGCUGUUCUGACAUACAAUGGAUGUGAAAUAGUCAGGUAUGAUGCAGCAGAAAAUGUUUUAGUGACUGAUGUAUCCCACCAGAGAAGAAUUCUGAAGCGCAGAUAUUACCUGGUUGAGAAGGCAAAGGAUGCUAACAUUAUUGGGAUAUUGGUAGGAACGCUUGGUGUAGCUGGUUACUUGCACAUGAUUCAUCAGAUGAAAGAGCUGAUAACCAGAGCCGGGAAGAAGGCUUAUACUCUUGUUAUGGGAAGACCAAACCCUGCAAAACUUGCCAAUUUUCCGGAGUGCGAUAUUUUCAUUUAUGUUUCUUGUGCUCAAACUGCUCUUUUGGAUAGCAAAGAGUUCUUAGCUCCUGUAAUUACUCCUUUUGAAGCCAUGCUAGCUUUCAGCAGGGGAAGUCAAUGGACGGGCGCUUAUGUUAUGGAAUUUCAGAGUUUGAUGACUUCAUUUCCUGUGGAAGUAAAAGGUCAAUUGGAAGAAGCACGAUUUUCAUUCCUUCAAGGUGGAUAUGUAGAGGAUUUUGAUUCGGAAGAGAUCACGGAGAAAAAUGAAGAUGGAACUCUUGCACUGGUGAAAGCAACAGAGAAGGCUCUUCGGGUGGUUGAUAAGGAUCAUCAGUUGGUAACCAAGGGAUUGGCUAAAUCUGGGGCUGAAUAUUUUGCAGCUCACCGAUCUUAUCAUGGUCUUGACAUUCAAAGCAACAAUUCCUUGCCGGAACCCUUUUUAAUUGGUAGAACUGGAAAGGCAUCGGGGUAUGAGGAUGAGAAAAAGCAAGCAGGAGAAUUUCAAUGAGUCUGCCAAUGUCAAGGGAAAACUGGAGACAAACCGGACAACAGAAGCCGAAUAUUAAGAAAUGGAGAACAAUUUGAACUAGAAGUAGACCAGCGAGUGAGCGACGAUUCUAAUGGGCAGGGAAUUCUUCAUAGCCCACACAAUUUUGGGACCAUUUGGUGUUUUUACCUGAAUUUGGGAGGACAGGUACAACGGUACAACUACAACCUCAUCCCUCUGCUUGUGUUUGUAUUCAUUCCCCUUUAACAGGAAUGGAUAAAUUUUGCUCCAUAUAGUUCUUUUUGAAUGAUAGUACGGAUGUUAGAUUGAUGCGCAAAACCCAUAAUGUACGUGCCUCUAAGAUAUAAUUGUGUGUGUAUAUAUGUACGAAACUUUGCACUUAUUAUAAUUUUUUCUCCACGAGUAUCUGAUGGGAAUAGUCUUAUUGCUC